AUGGCGGCGGUGAAUGGAAGCGGAGUGAGCUUGGCUUCACAGGCUUACAUGGAGGGGAAUGCUGUUAAGGAAACGAGGGCGUUGGUCGCUGAUCUCUGCCGCCAAUUCUACAGCCUCGGCUGGGUUUCCGGCACCGGGGGCAGCAUCACCAUCAAGGUCCACGAUGAUUGCAUCCCCAAACCGCAGCAGCUCAUCCUCAUGUCUCCCUCUGGUGUUCAGAAGGAGAGAAUGGAAGCAGAGGAUAUGUAUGUCAUGUCAGGAAAUGGUUCGAUAUUGUAUGCACCAUCACCGAAGCCUUACCCUCACAAGCCUCCCAAGUGUUCUGAUUGUGCUCCUUUAUUUAUGAAGGCAUAUGAGAUGCGUGAUGCUGGAGCCGUCAUUCACAGUCAUGGAAUGGAGUCUUGCCUGGUGACAAUGCUCAAUCCAUCGGCAAAAGAAUUCAGGAUUACUCACAUGGAGAUGAUAAAAGGGAUUAAGGGUCAUGGAUAUUAUGAUGAACUUGUUGUUCCAAUAAUAGAGAAUACAGCCUAUGAGAACGAGCUGACAGAAUCUCUUACGAAAGCUAUAGAAGCAUACCCAAAGACAACUGCUGUGCUAGUUCGCAACCAUGGAAUAUAUGUAUGGGGGGACACAUGGAUUAGCGCCAAAACUCAGUCUGAAUGUUAUCAUUAUCUCUUCGACGCUGCAAUCAAACUUCAUCAAAUGGGCCUGGACUGGUCUACCCCAAGCCAUGGUCCGAUCCAGCAGGCCAGAGGAGCUAUAAGUGCGCCAGUGAAGGCAGGAUUGAAGGAUUCAAGUCACAAUAGUGAGCCAUUUCCUUGCUGCAUCCUCCUGGACAUUGAAGGGACUACCACACCUAUAACGUUUGUUGCUGAUGUCCUUUUUCCUUAUGCCCGUGACAAUGUGGGAAAGCAUCUGUCAGCAACAUACGAGACUGAGGAUACUCAAGAGGAUAUAAAGUUGUUGCGAUCUCAGGUUGAAGAUGACUUGGCACAUGGCAUUGAUGGCGCUGUACCCAUUCCACCAGAUGGUGCUGGAAAGGAUGCAGUGAUUGCAGCACUGGUUGCUAACGUAGAGGCAAUGAUAAGAGCAGAUCGCAAGAUUACUGCCUUGAAACAAUUACAAGGGCACAUAUGGAGUACUGGCUUUCAGAACAAUGAAUUGAAAGGAGAGUUUUACAAUGAUGUACCUGAAGCAUUGCAGAGCUGGCAUGCCUUGGGCAUAAAGGUAUAUAUAUAUUCCAGCGGCAGCAGGUUGGCACAGAGACUUGUAUUCGGGAACACAAAGUCUGGUGAUUUGAGGAAAUAUUUGUCUGGGUUUUUCGACACCAAUAUUGGGAACAAGAGGGAGACAAGCAGUUACGUUCAGAUUUCGGAAUCGUUGGGAGUAGAUAGCCCGUCUGAAAUCUUGUUCUUGACGGACGUUGUUCAAGAAGCAGUAGCAGCUAAAGCAGCAGGUCUGAAGGUGAUGAUCUCUGUUCGGCCAGGGAAUGCGCCUUUGCCUGAGAAUCAUGGGUUCAAGACCAUCAAAUCGUUUCUGGAAAUAUGA